CAGUUAUAUUACAAAAAGAACUUUAGUGUCAUUGAACCUGUCGAAUAUCUUUUGAACAGACAAGAAAAGUUUCAUACUGUUAUCUAUAUCCCUAUUCUAAAGUUACUUUCAGAUCUUCUUAAAAAAGAAGAGGUACUGCAAGCACUGGGGAAAAACAAACCUGUUGAACAGUCUGGCUACUACAAGUCUUUUCUGGAUGGUGACUUCUAUAAAUCGAAUGGAAUCCUCUCAGGUCAAGAACUAAGUGUAGCUAUUACUUUGUAUAUUGAUGACUUUGAAAUCUGCAAUCCCUUGGGCACAUCAAAAGAAAAACAUAAAAUCUGUGGUGUGUAUUGGGUUAUUGGCAAUUUACCCUCUAGAUACAAGUCAACAUUGUCGUCAAUCUACCUUGCUUUACUGUGCAAGGCUGAGCAUGUCAGGAUUUAUGGUUAUGAUCGUGUUUUGAAGCCACUGAUUGAAGAUAUUAAAUGUCUUGAAACAGUAGGUGUGUUUGUAGAGAAACUAGGGUGUAAUGUUAAAGGCACCAUCUUGUUCGUUGCUGCUGACAACUUGGCAGCACAUUCCUUAGGUGGAUUCCAAGAGUCUUUCAAUGUUGAGAAGUUCUGUAGGUUUUGUCUAGCUAGUCGUCGAGACAUACAAACGUGUGAUGUUAGAACUGGGAACUUUGUUUUAAGGUCACCAGAAUCAUUUGAUGAAGCUGUAAAUGUCUUGAAGCAGACGGACCUUGCAUCUGUUGAUGGUGUGAAACGAGACUGCCCUCUCAACAGCCUGACAGGUUUUCACACAUGCACAGGCUUUCCACCUGAUUUUUUACACGAUGUGCUGGAAGGGAUUGUGCCUGUAGAACUAAGUCUGUGCCUUGCAGAUUUGAUUUCAAAGAAGUAUUUCACAUUAGAAGAGCUUAAUAAUGAAAUACAGAGCUUCCCUUUUAAAUUCUCGGAUAAGAGAAAUUGUCCUCAGAAAAUUCUUUCAACUUUUAAAAAGAGUGGAACUGUAGGUGGUAACGGCCACGAAAAUUGGAGUCUUGUGCGUUUCCUUACCCUCAUCAUCGGCCACCGUGUUCCAGAAGGGAAUCAAACAUGGGAAGUAAUCCUUGAGCUGAAAGACUUGGUUGAGCUCUUAGCGACUCCAUAUCACACUGAAGACUCGCUGUGUUAUUUGCAGUCCAAAAUAUCGGAUCAUAGACAGUUGCUACUGACAGUUUUCCCGGAUUACAAAUUGUGCCCCAAACAUCACUUUAUUGAACAUUAUCCUUGCCUUAUUCAAAGAUUUGGACCCUUAAUAGAGUGUUGGACAAUCAGGUUUGAGGCUAAGCAUUCUUUCUUUAAGAAGGUAGUGCGUGAUGCCAAUAACUUUAAAAAUAUUCUGCUUACCCUUGCCUCAAGACACCAACUUAUGCUUGCAUAUUAUCUUGAAAUGCCCAGCAUUUUCAAGCCUGAGAUUGAGACAGCAAAAGUGACUGAUGUGUGCCUGGGAGUCUUAGAUGGUGGUCUUAGACUAGCAAUCUUGAAUAGAUUCAGUGAUGUUGACACAGUUGGACUGACCCCUAAUGUCUUCUUAAAUGGAACGCAGUAUUCAAAGGGAAUGAUACUUUCUGUUGGAAGUACAAGUGGACUACCCAACUUCGGAAGGAUUUUGGAAAUAUGCAUUGUGCUGGAUGGUCAUGUUUGUUUCUUCGUUGAACCUUUUUCGACUUACUAUGUGGAGCAUUUGAGGAGUUACCAUCUUGUGAAGAAAAGUCCUGCUGAGUGUCUCUUGGUGAAACCAGAGGAUCUCAAUGACUACAUGCCACUUGUGUCAUACCUUGUCCAGGGUCGCCUGUUAACCACUCCUAGAACAUUCUUGCUGAAUUAAGGCUGCUGCCGAAGUGAUCCACGAUGCUGCUGCGAGUUGUCCUCUCUGAUAUGGAUAUCAGGCGCCUUUCCAUCGAAAUCACCCCCCCUAGUGUUGAUGCACUGUGCCAGGUGUUGCGUGCAAACCUUGGCCUGAGAGGUGGAUUUAUUUUACAAUUUGAGGACCCUGCGUUCAAGGAUCAGCUGACCAAUUUGACCGACAUCCGAGACCUUCCUGAGGAGAGAGCAACAUUGAAAGUGUUGUUCACAGCUGAUGCAGCUUGCUCGGAUUCCACAUUGGAUUCAGCCAGCCUUCCAUCUCUCAGUAGUGGGGAAUCUGACUCCCAGCACUGGCCUGAGCCCUUCCCGAUUCCAGAGUUCUCGCAUGAUGUUGAACUCACGCUGCAAGAAGCAAAUGGAAGAUAUGCAAAAGAUGGAUCUGUGCUGGCGAUUCCUAAAGGUAUGAAAACUGAUAUCCUGGACACACUUGCAGACAGCAUGUCAAAGAUUAGUCCUUAUCCUGAGAGGCAACACUAUGAGAAUGUUGCGAAAGCGCUUGUGGAGAAGCAUCCCAGUCUAAAAGAGCCAGGGUCUGGAAAGGGUUGGUACGGCUGGUUCCACAGCCUGAAGUUUAAGCUCGGAAACUAUCGACAGAAGUUAAGUGCAGCUGGAUGCCCAGAGGUGAGGGUCAACAAAAGAAAAGGAGAAGAAGCCAAGGGACCACGUAUGAAGAAGUCAAAGAAGGGCGAGGUCCACUUCUGUCCAGAUCCCCCUGAAGGACUAAGUGAUGAAGACAUGGAAGAAAAGCGGAUGUUGAUGGAGGUGGAAGUGCUCAAAAAAGACCCAGAUCACCAGCAGAUAGAUGAGCUGAUGUCUGCCACGUUCUCCAAGCGCAGAAAGGAGAUCGUAGGGGAUCAACCUCUCAUUGGGGAUGUCAUAGCUAGAUGGCCGGCCAUGUUCUGUGAGAGACAGGUUCGGACAGAGUUCAAAAGAGUCGUAAGCAUAGACCUUCUCGAGUCGUUCCUCGAUGGACUUGACGACCUGGCACCACGACUGCUGGAAGUGUACGAAGCUGCGACCAAGUCGGCAAAGAUGCCUGCACUGAAAGCCAUUUUGGACUGUCUGAAGAAAGAUGACACAAACGACAGGAGAAGGAUUGCUGCUCUGCUGGGUCUGCCACACUAUCUAAGAGAAGAGCCAUCAGACAUCAUCAGGAUGUGUGACGCCCAUGGUGAGACUCUGGCUGCAGCCAUGGAGGGGAUGCAACUUGGCCUGUUGAUAGGCCAUGAAGGUGACAACCAGGAUGCCUUUCCACGUGAGGUCUUCAAUGUGGCAGUUGUGGUUGAGGAGACUGUUGUGCUUCACAACUUCAAGGAUGUGCCAUCCAGCUUUGCCAUGCUUUUGGGGAUCAUCUACUGCGUUAACCUUGAGUAUCCACGAGCCAUGAAGUAUUCCUUUGAGUUCCUUCAGAGGGUAGUGAUGAAGAUCAAACCAGAUCAAGCCUCUGCCAGAGUCCACGGCAUCCGAAACAAGCUCCUGAGAUAUAAUUUGUAAACCAUGCCCCACCUGAGAAUAGGAUUGGAAUUCAUUUUUUUCUGUUGACAUGCGUUCCAAAUUUGAAGGCAAAAGCACUUAAGCAAACAGGAGAGGAGCCCUGAUUUUUUUUUGUUGGACUGAAAACAUUUAAUUCUGAAUAUUGUUCAAAUAAUGGGGUCAAAAGUAUACUGUAUUCAAGUUUCAAAUAUUUGUAAACAACCAGCUGCAGUCUGAAGUUUUAGAUUUGUUUGUGUUUGGGGUUCAGCACAGCUUUUGGUAUAAGUUAGCUUGAUCUGUGAGAUUAAUGUUUUUUAAAUGUUUACAUUUAAAACCUGUUCAAUAUUUCAGUGUUGUAAGGAAAAAAGCUAAUGCUUUUAAAAGAAUUUUUCUUUUGGGUUAAUAUGAAUAGUGUUCAGUACAGCUUUGGGUGACCUAAUGGGCAUAUGACAAGCAGAGGGGUGUGCACGUGCAUAUAGAAGGUGAGAUGUUUACUGCAGUAAUCAUCAGUCAACUUAACCUCAUUAGGUCACACAACAAUAACAAUGAUAAACAACUUAGAUGACAGGCAGUGAUUUUAUUUUUUUUGGAGGUGCUGAAUAUAGAUAUCUAUACUGCUGUAUGUGUCUAUUGGUCUAUCUAGCCUAGAUUCAGCAUGACCAACUUCUUGGUUGACAACAGGCACUGCAGACAACUGCAGGAAACACUUCCCAUCAUCCACCUUCUAUACACACACUGAGAAAUACUUGUGGAGUCUGCUUGGGAUACCCCCUCAUAGUGUAAGCUCACACGAAACCCUUCUAUUUAUCUUAGCCUCAUUAUGUGACCCACACCCAACUGAAGUUUGGUAUUGAUUACAAUUUUGAGA